UAUGUACCUCAGUAGCACGUAAAAGCAAGGUUUAUAAGAAUGGACAAAUCCUCCAAGAGUCAAGACAAAUUCAUCUACGCGGUCCCACCGGUCAAUCAUGUCUACUUUGAAGAGACCAACUACCCUCCACCCCGGGGAGCGAGUCCUAGUCACCGGCGCAAACAGCUAUCUUGCUUCAAACAUCAUUGAUCUUCUUUUAUCCCUAGGAUAUCAUGUACGAGGCACAAUCCGUGCUGAGAAACCCUGGCUUGAUGAGUACUUUACUUCAAAAUAUGGAACUGGCAAGUUUGAAAGCGUUAUCGUCCCUGAUGUUACUCACAAAGAAUCCUUGGUGAAGGUAUUGGGUGAUAUUAGCGGGGUGUUGCAUGUGGCUUCGGAUUUGUCUUUUAGUGCAGACGCAGACAAGGUCAUCAAUGGUGUUGUCAAGGCUACCCAGUCUGUUUUAGAAGCAGCUGCUGAGCAGAAAUCCGUCAAAAGAUUCGUUCUUACUUCAUCUUCCACGGCUGCUACUCUUCCAAAAGUUAAUGUGGAGGGUAACAUCGUCGAUGAGGAUUCCUUGAACGACGAAGUUGUCAAACUCGCCUGGGAUGAGAAGCCCGACCCUCACAAACCUUUCUACAUUUACGGCGCUUCCAAGACAGAAGGUGAGCGAUUCGCCUUCAAAUGGGUCAAAGAGCACAAUCCCCAUUUCACUCUGAACACUGUUCUCCCAAACUUCUCCAUGGGACCUUUCCUUUCUCCUGAUUUCAACGGCUCCUCCGGAAAACUUGUCGUUGAUCUACUGCGUGGUAAUUAUAGGGCGAUGCUUCCUCAAUACUAUGUCAACGUUCAAGACGUAGCACGUCUCCAUGCCAUAGCUCUUCUUGAUCCAGAACUCAAGUCUGACCGAUUAUUCGCGUUCGCCGGUACUUUCAACUGGACUGAAAUUAUUGAUAUUUUACGCAAACUUCGUCCCAAUGGCAAACUCCCAACGCCCCCUGAAAAUGAAGGUCGGGAUCUAAGUGUGAUCAAACCUGCAAAAAGAGCAGAGGAGUUGAUUAAGACGUGGUUUGGCCGACCUGGUUGGGUUUCGUUGGAGCAAACUCUCAAGGAAGCGGUUGAUAGUGCUGGGCUUUAG